AUGCCACUGCAAUGCAUUAAAGAAAAAGGGACUCCACAAACUAAUUUUGUCCUCUCUGCGCCCAUUCGCCCACCUUCAGAUGGCGCCUCUGAUCUCUCUUUCUCUCUCUCAAGCUUGAUGCAAUGCGCCCUGCUUCUUCUUUUCCUGCGACAUCGCUGUGCCGAUCAGCGCCCCUCCCCUCAAAGCUUAACUCUGACGGGCACCAUUGCAAUUAUAAUCACCACCAAGCUUGGCUUGGGGCCGAGACUUUUAAUUCCAGACUUUUUUCGACUCGUCCAAUGUCUCCGUAGCUAUCCCGUCACUCGUCACCGCCAUUGGAGCUCUUCCGGCAUCGUCAUUGUCAACUCACUCCCGUCUCCCGUACAUCCCGUCAGGUCCUCUCCUCUUUCUCCUCUUUCACUCUCCAGUUUCGAAGCCGUACCAUAG